AACUAAUUCUUAUAUUGCUGCAUUAAUUGUUUUGUAAAUAUGAAUCUGAGAUUUUAAGGGCAUAUUCCCUUGUGGAUUCCAGUCAAGUGUCUACCUUCCUGAUUUCUAUUCUCCUCAUAGUCUACGGUAGUUUCAGGCUUUGCUGGAAUUUUUUCAGUGAAGUAAGACCUUACAUUAAGCAGACGCUUAAAAGCUAGUUUGGGUCAUUCCUAACGACAUUUCGAGGAAGGAAAUAUUAUUGUCUUAAAAAUGAAACCUGAUAGUCAAAUUUGAAUGAAAAGGAACAAAAAUGAGAACUUGGAAAGAGUUCAAAUUCACAAGAGAAUUGAAAUGUUUAUUGUGCUUCCAUCAUGUUCUACACUUCUCAGAAAUCAGGUCUCUGAACAUGGACUUUGAGAAUCAAGACAAAGAGAAAGACAACAGCAGCACCACUGGGUCUUUUAAUGGCAACAGCACCAAUAACAGUAUUCAAACCAUCGAUUCCACCCAGGCGUUGUUCCUGCCCAUCGGAGCGUCCGUGUCUCUCCUAGUUAUGUUCUUCUUCUUCGACUCGGUCCAAGUUGUCUUUACAAUAUGCACAGCAGUCCUUGCAACAAUAGCUUUUGCUUUCCUCCUGCUCCCGAUGUGCCAGUACUUAACACGGCCUUGCUCACCUCAAAACAAGAUUUCCUUUGGCUGCUGCGGGCGUUUCACCGCUGCUGAGUUGCUCUCGUUUUCUCUGUCUGUGAUGCUUGUCCUUAUCUGGGUCCUAACUGGCCACUGGCUCCUAAUGGAUGCUCUGGCUAUGGGCCUGUGUGUUGCAAUGAUAGCCUUUGUUCGGCUGCCGAGCCUGAAGGUUUCCUGCUUGCUGCUCUCUGGGUUACUAAUUUAUGACGUCUUUUGGGUCUUUUUUUCUGCCUACAUCUUUAACAGCAAUGUUAUGGUGAAAGUGGCCACACAACCAGCUGAUAAUCCCCUGGAUGUGUUAUCCCGGAAACUUCACCUGGGACCAAAUGUGGGCAGGGAUGUUCCCCGUCUGUCGCUGCCUGGCAAACUUGUAUUCCCAAGUUCCACAGGCAGCCACUUCUCCAUGCUGGGGAUUGGAGAUAUUGUGAUGCCAGGGCUUCUGCUCUGCUUUGUCCUGCGUUACGAUAACUACAAAAAACAAGCCAACAGUGAUUCCUGCGGUGCCCCAGGACCAGGGAACAUCUCUGGGCGUAUGCAGAAGGUGUCUUACUUUCACUGCACACUUAUUGGCUAUUUUGUAGGUUUAUUAACUGCAACAGUAGCUUCUCGUAUUCACCGGGCAGCCCAGCCUGCCCUGCUCUAUUUGGUACCUUUCACUUUAUUGCCACUCCUCACCAUGGCCUAUUUAAAGGGCGAUCUACGUCGCAUGUGGUCUGAGCCUUUCCACUCCAAGUCCAGCAGCUCCCGUUUCCUGGAAGUAUGAUGGAACGGACAGGAAGUGACCUGAACUUCUGCCUUGGUCCUUUUCACUUUAACUUGUGGCUUUGUUGUCACCUAAAGCUGGACUGGCUGGUACUUGGGAAGGUACCAGUGAUGGGACAUGUAUGAAAGGACUUUGUAUUAAAGGAGGGAAAGAAACAAAAGCUAAAAUCACAGAGCUCCGUGUGACUCCAUAUCUCCCUGCAGAUGUGGAAUUGGGGACCCUUUGUGCAACUGCAGCCACUUUCCUCUUUUCCUCACUCGGAUGGAUUAGUACCAGACUAUUACCUUUGUGAGAGAGGAAGAGACAGACUUGAAACUAAAAACGGCUUGAAGUCGUUCAAAAACUUGUGAACACUAAACGCAGAAACAGUUAAGCAAACUGAGGCUUCUUCAGAGAACCCCUCGUGGACCUUGGGACCAGUUUCCUGCGGGACUUCGGUUUUGAAAAGAACUGAGACAGAAGGUCUUCUGUCACAAUAUUGGGUUUUUUUGAUUUAUUAAAUAUUUCCUGUGGUGUGAGGUUACUUAUUAAAUCCACAGACAUUGAGUGACUUCUUGCAGUAUACAUAUAAAAAUUUGUUGUAACAAGUUACAUUUCCACCCAGAUGUCAUAUUGCAGUGAAAAAGGGCACGAUUUUUAUACAUAUAUAUAUACACACAUAUAGAUAUAUAUAUGAAUAAAUAAAAAGGAAAACCUGCUAAGAUCAUGCUGUGUAGCAGACAGGGGCUUGCUGUAAUUUUUAGCAUGUAGCGCAGUUACUCUGGCUUUAUGUAUAUGGAUCUACAAUGAGCUGCUGUUUUUUCCACCCCCCUCCUACAACUGAACCUGCAGUUUAAAAACCAAGUGUAGUAUUUGUACUGGUUGUACCAUGGACUUUAGGGGAUACUUGAUUUGAUCAAUGUAGCAAACUAGGGAAGAAAAAAGUUCAAACCCAGCCCUGUGUGUCCGAGGGGGGAGGAGGUCGGGGGUGUCUUUUUUCUUUUUUUUUCCUUUUUUUUUUUUUUUUUUAACAAACAACUCCCUUGCAGGUUUUUAGUAGUUCCUUCUUGACCAGUGCAUGUAUUAUAGCAGCAAAUGUCUUUGUGCUUUCUGAUCAUAGUAAUGUAUCACUUGUAAAUACAUUUUUUUCUAUUUUCUA